GCAUACAUUUGAUCCUUCACUCGCCCCUCUCCCUCUUCCGGAGAGUCUCUGAUAUCGACACAGAUUGAAGACUCCGAGAGAUGGAAGGAGAAGAUGGUCAAGGUAUCUUCUUCCCAGCUGAUGCGCCCUUCGUAUGACACGAUCCUUAUUAAAAAAGAAGUAUUGAUGUAUGAGGAAAGAAAAAUAACAUAAAAGGGUUGAAGACAGCAAGGCAGACAAUUCCUCUGGUUGAAGUAUAGAAAGUGGUCAUACAUUAAGAGGGGGAGAAAACUGCCCCCUCUUAAUCCAUUGGACGACUACCUGGUGUGGGAGCCACAAACAAACAUUGAUACGACCCACAUCCUCUCCCCCUUCUCUUCCUCCCCUCUUCUUUUAGAUUUCUUCUUCUCUCCUCUGUUUCUUCUUUUUCCUCGUCUCCCUUUUCCUGUCUUUUUUCAUAAAUUUCCCUUCUCUGAAACCCCAUCUUUUGGAAUCUGAAAAGGAGGGAUAAUGCGGCAAGUUUUUGAGGAGAUGGGAAGGUUGAGCAGAAGAAAAAGGAGAUCAGGAUGUGUGUGUCUCAUCAUGAUUCUUGUUUAGUUGGCCUUCUGGGUAGUGGGGAGGGGUUAUAUUUGCAGCAUUUGGUUUUCUUUCUGGGUUGGGGGACGAGGGAAUGGCGCAACGCCAACGGCAGGGAAAUGCCGGAAGCGGGCAGUUUGGGGACACCACGUACACCAAGAUCUUCGUUGGAGGGUUGGCAUGGGAGACGCAGAGGGAAACAAUGAGACGUUAUUUUGAGCAGUUUGGCGAGAUACUGGAGGCCGUUGUGAUCACGGACAAGGCGACAGGGAGAUCAAAGGGAUACGGCUUUGUGACAUUCAAGGACGCAGAUUCGGCGAGCAGGGCAUGCUUAGAUCCUUCGCCUGUGAUCGAUGGCAGAAGGGCCAACUGUAAUUUGGCAUCUCUUGGCGCCCGGACAACAAGACCAACCACUCCCCAACACGGUGGUGGUCGGUAUAGAACGGCGAUCGGGUCCGCCGGAGCUCCGGCAUACCACCCACCGGGAACGUCCUACACGCAGCAACAACAGCCUCAAUACCCAUUGCGUCAAACGUUUCCUUAUCAAACUUACGGGUUUACUGGUUAUUCUCAAGAGGGCAUAUACCCCAUGACAUAUUAUAGUCCAUAUGGAGGUCACCAGAUCUCUCACUACUACCCCGGCUUAGGGAUGCUCCCCAACCCUGCAAUCUACCCUUACUACGCACAAUAUUUGCAGAGCAAUAUGCAAUACCCGCAGGUGGUUCAAUAUCCACAAACUUACAUUCCUCAACAACAAUAUGGAUCUCCCAUUCUCUCCCUACCCACCAAUGUGCCAUUUACCACAGUCUGUGGUGAAAUGCAGCAGGUGGCUUGCCGGUGAGCACCACAGCACCCUCUUCCUCCUCCUCUCAGGCAGUUGCAGGUGGCAGUUCCGAGCAGAAUGCUCAAUCUGCCUGACGUUUUCUUCGACGAAAACUUUGUGGGGAGCUCUCAGGGGGACGAAACACAGAUUCACAUGAAAAGAAAUCAGAAAGAAUCAACACAUUCUUUUGGGGGUUCCUUCUUUAUUGAUCUCUGCUGCUCUGCCGGUCUGAGUUGCAGUGUGGCGGAUUGUUGAAGAAAGCGAGAAGAACGGGAUCGAGAUUUUUUCGUGAUCUUUUAUGCUAAUCAUCAUUACUGAUCAUUUGGGAUUCUUCUGAGAUUUGAGUCCUGUGGGUGGUUGUUGCUUGUUCUUUUUUUCCUUUUUCCUACCGUUGCUUUUAUUUUUAAAAAAUAUUUCUAGGGAUACGACUUGGUGGUCAACGGUUAAAUUUGGGAUGGAUCGUCAUUUUGACCAAGACUGACAUCUGUGGACAGCUCGAGUACAGACAUUACCAGAUCACACCUAUGCACACACAGAAACACAUCCAUUUGCAUGUGAGCUCAAGUCUGUAAUUGACCUUUUUCAGAGAGCACUUUUAUAUCUCUGGAUUCAAGUUUAUUCUUACCAUCUGCCAUUGGAGAGACAACCCAGAUCUCUGUUCUGGGUGUUCCCAUGUGUAAUUUCUACCUCAUUUUGUUAAUGAUUCAACUUCCAUUUUUCACCCAAAAAAGAAGGAAAGAAAGAAAGAAAAAUGGUAGCAUAAAUUUUGGGUUGUAAUCUGGUUGUUUUGCACCAAUGAUGAAGUGGGUAUUUCUUUACUGUUA